CCACCCUUCCGUGAGACUUGCUUUUAAUAUUGAGCUAAAUUUCUAGUCAGUUUUAAAACAUAAAAAUAAUUUCCUUAUGCCUCCUCCAAAUAAAAACAAAGAGUCUACAAUGGAUACAGAUACUGGAGUUGGAAAGACUCUUGUUAUUCUUGCUAAACCUCCAGAUAAGACUAAAAGUAAUCAAAGUGGAAAUACAUUAGCUACUACUUCUAGUGUCCAAAACGAAUUGUUGAAAUCACCCACUAUUGUACAAAAGGUUUCAAGUUCAACGGAAGAUGAAAGUGCUACUGCUUCUGCUAAUAAAGAGACGGAAUCGUUUUCAGAUUUGGUGAAAAAUGUUGCUCAACGUGUUUUCCAUGUGCAGCAAAAACCUUCAAUUGGGCAAACUGAUGGAGACCAAAAGUUAUUAUCACCACCUGAGAUGUCUUUUCCUGUAAAAUUAGUUGAUGAGUCCUUACAGUGGUGUGACAAUGCUCUUGAAUACCUUCAUGAUGCUACUGAUUUCUAUGUCAUUGGUGUUCUUGGAUUACAGGGUGUUGGUAAAUCUACCAUACUAUCCCUGAUUAAAGGAAAUAAUCCUGAUUCAUCAAGAUUAUUAUUCAAACCUCAAACGAAUGAUUUAAAAGAAAUAGGAGAGCAUUGCACAACAGGCAUUGAUAUGUAUGUUACCAACCAAAGACUAAUUUUGUUAGAUACACAGCCUGUUAUGAGUUCUUCUGUCAUGGAUCAUAUGAUUCAGUAUGAAAAAAAGCCACCUGGUGGACCUGAUUACCAUUCUGUUGAAAAUGCAUUGCUGAUGCAGUCUUUACAGCAAGCUGCAUUUUUGAUGGCUGUUUGUCAUACAAUUAUUUCAGUUCAAGAUUGGUUUAUUGACUUGAACUACCUUCGGUUUCUGUUGUCUGCUGAAAUGCUUAAACCUACAACUCCUAUAAAUAUCCAUGAUCCUAACCCGAUUCCUGAAGAAACUUCAGAAUAUUAUCCUCAUAUAGUAUUUGUUCAGAAUUGUUGUCACAGAGAAGAUUUUUAUCCUGAUUCCAUUGCAAAAAUGCAAGAUUCACUUCAUCUUACACUACAGAAGUCCAAACUAAAAUACUCUGGUUCUGUCAACUGUGGAUCAUAUUCUCGAUUGCCUAAAGAAUCCAUGCAAAAAGUUAAUUUAUUUCUCCUACCUGAGAAGGAAAACCAAGAGUUUGAUUCACCAACAGAUCAAUUCCCAGAAUAUAAAGGACAUCCUAGCUUUCGCUAUUUGGCAGAAUCUCUAAGUCAUCAAGUUCUGUCAAUGCCUAGAUCUUUGUUGACUCAUACUGCAUUGUCAGAAAAGAACUGGUUUCAUUAUUCAGCCAGAAUAUGGGAAACAGUCAAAAAAUCUACAUUAUUUUUGGAGUACAACAGACUAUUGCCAUAAUACUUGUCAAUAAAUCUCAGGCAUCACUUUGUACAUAAUUGUAUGUAAAUAAAUAAAAACUAUCUACUUUAAUUAAAUAUUUUUUUUUUCAAAACAAUAUUUCCUUUAUGUCCUAUAUACAUAUCCAUCUUUA